AAUUGCGAAAUCGUGAAAAAAGAAGUCAGACAGAUAUCGUUGAUCUGAGACUACCACCCGAUGCUAUUGAAGGCACAGCUCACUGCAAAGUUAAAUUCACUGGAAGUAUGAUGGGUCCGACAAUUUCUGCAGUUAUCGGUGAUGUGAAUAAGAUGAUUAAAAAACCAACAGGCUGUGGAGAACAAACACUAAUUCGUGUCGGACCGAAUGUAUUUGUGACAAAAUACAUGGAACAGACCAAUCAAAUGACUUCAGACUUUGAAAAGAAAGCAUUUCGGUAUUUGCGGCAGGGGUACGCCAUGGAAUUGAGUUUCUUUAAACCAGAUGGAUCGUUUUCAGUUUGGGGACCAUCACAUGGGACUGAAUUUACAUCUGCUGAUACAUCCAGUACAUGGUUGACAGCUUUUGCAACCAAGAUCCUUUGCCACACCAAAGACCUAAUUUAUGUUGACCCCAAGGUCAUAUGUAGAGCUAUUGAUUGGCUGACUAACUCUGCAAGUGGUGUACAGCGUGAAGACGGCGCUUUUAAAGAAGUAUUUCGAGUGCACCAUCGAGAAAUGACU